AUGAAGAUUGAUCUCAAGUUUUCUUUUUUACUUUGUUUUCUUUACUUAAUUGAUUCUGUUCUUUGUGAUGAUUUCAAAUGCCCUGAAAGGGGUAAAGUUGGUGAAUUGAAAGUUCCAAAUGUUCUCAGUUUGGUUGAUAAGCAAACUGGUUAUCAUGCUUCUGUUGAAGUUAUUAAUCCGACUCGAAACAAUUUGGUCCAUGAUUAUUAUGAUCGGAAAAAAAGUGUUGGAUACAUUGACUUGGAAGCAACCAUUCAAGAUAAAAUGAAUCGACGUUAUUAUUAUCAUUCAACAGAGGAAAAGAUUGCUGUCCGAGAAAAUACAUGUACAAGGUUGGACUUGACACAUAACGAGAAAGUUGAAUCGAUCAAAGAUUGGUUUGAACCAAAAGAUAUUGUCGCUAGCUCAGAGAUGUUUAAAGAUUUCGUUCAUUUGGGACCAACAGGAUUGAUGAUCUAUGGCUACAAUAUUAGUGAUAAAGCUUCCUUCAUUGGAUCCGAACUGAUUGAAGGUCGUGCUGUUAAUCACUGGUUUUAUUGUACCAAUCCUAAAGGACCUUACAUUGACUUUUAUUUUGAUGUUAAGACCUCUUUGCCUUAUCGGUUCUCGUUGUAUUAUCCUGAAUGGAUUGAGACUCAGGAAGUAAUCUCAACAAAUAAAGUCCAAACAGUUAAAAAGCAAGUUGAUUCCGAUUCAAAAUAUGUUUAUAACUUUUACACGUUCAAACCGUUGGUGAUUUCAAGAGAAGAUCAAAUUCCAUAUCCAUUGGGCUAUGGAUGUGCGCGUAAAGGUACUCUUCCAUCUACUCCAUUACCAGAUUUUGGUAAAGUUAAAGAGUUUACUAUGGACAUGGAAGCUAUCAUUACUUAUUCUGACCGUGAGCUGAUCAAAUCAACUGCUCGAGUAAUGAAAAGAGGCGAUGUUAUUUCUUAUGAACUUCAAGAAGGAACCGAUUUCGUUCGUACCAUUGAAAUGCCUCCUCCUUUAGGGCGAUUCCAAGUAGAUGAACGCAAUGGUCGAUGCAAAUAUAUUACAUAUGAUUAUAAGCCUGAUGUUACUUUAAUCACUCGUUGGCCUUUUCAUGAAGAUCGUGGCUUUAAUCUCUUUUUUUAUUUGGUUAUGAAGCCGAUUCGAGAGCUUACACCAACUUUCAUUGGUGAAAUACCUUUAGGACCAUUACGAGUGGAAGAAUACAGAGCUAGAAGAUUCUUCUUCGAUAGAAUGACGGCAGUUGUUGACUAUUAUUAUACACAGAACAACAGUGAUUCUGUUCCAAGUAAAGUCAUAUUUACCAAAGAUCGAAGUGAGCAUAUUUAUUAUUCCUUUGAUCCUCCAACUCAAGCUGAAGUGACCAUUAUUAACUACGAAGACACUAACAUUGAUUAUAAAGAUCGAUUCGAUGUUUCUGGUUGUCAUGAAGAACCUGGAAGUUAUACUUGGUUUCAACUUCUCUUUUCUAAUCCUUGGCUGCAUGAAUUUAACAUGCAAAUGGUUAAGGAAUCCACAGAAGAAUACUUGAUUUCAUUCAUUCCGAUAACUCGCAUUGGUGAAAUUCAUGCACAACAAGUUGAUUCUAAUGUAUAUGUUACUGUUAAGCUUUAUGAUCGUGUGCGUUUCAUUGAGGCUUAUAGUCGUUCGAAUGACCAAACAAUUAUAAAUCCUUCAAAUAUUUUGCAAAGAUCUAAAGUCGAGGACUGUGAACAACUGUGCAAUACGCAUCCCGACUGCAAUGAUUUUAGUUAUUGUGACGAUUACACUUGUACGAUUUACACAGAUCGUUAUAAUUGGCCACAAAAACAAUAUAAACAAGGAUGUACAAACUAUGCUAGAAAUGUAAAGGAUGUCACUUCAUUCGUUGAUAAAAAUUAUUUGUCGACAAUGGAACAUGUAUUACAACAGAUAAGGAAUAAAGUCUCAGCAGGUGAAGUUUUUUUAAGUAGCGUUGGCCUAUCAGCUGAAGAAUUAUUCAUUGUGAGUGGACCUGAAGAGAUUGGCGAUAUAUCCCAGGAACUACAUUUAAGUGGUUCUAGACCAUUGAGAGAUGAAGAUUUCCCGAUGAUCAAAACUGAUCGCCAUUUCAAUGAAGCACAAUUCAAGAUCGAGAAAAGUACUCUUCAAGAUUGUUUCAUGGCUUGUGUCAAUGACGAUGAUUGCAAUACACUUUCAUAUUGUGUUAAUCAAAAUAAGGAAUGUAUUCUGAGUGGAGAAACAUCGAGUUCAUUGGAAGCCGCACUUGAAGACAAAACAAGCCAUUCAGAUGGAUGUAACAUCUAUCAAAAAUCAUUUAUGAAUCUAUUCCAUGAGUAUCCUGGCAAAAGUCUAGUUCUUGAUGCCGUCUCAACCAUAACAAAUGUACCUAUUGGUGAUUGUGCUAAAAGUUGUGUUCAGUCAGUUGAUUUCAAUUGUGAGUCAUUCGAUUAUUGCCGAGAUAAUGAUAAAAGGUAA